AUGGUCCCUGACAUAGGAACCCUUAGAAUGGACUUACUACAAAUCUUCCAUGACAGCCCCCUGGCAGGUCACCCUGGUAGACAACAGACAUUGGAGUUGAUAUCCUGCAAUUACUAUUGGCCUGGCAUCUGCGCCAAUACUUACUGGCACAUUGACUCCUGCAAAAUCUGUCAACGCAUCCAAAAGCCCAAGUAUGCAAGCAUUCCCCCACAGCCAUUGGAAACCCCCACGCGUCCAUGGCAGCACAUCUUGUAUGACAUGAUUGUAGAUCUCCCCAGAGACAGUAACCAUGACUCAAUACUGGUCAUUGUGGAUAGUUUCACCAAAUAUGUCAUCCUGGUGGAAUGCUCUAAAAAACUCAAGGUGCCCAAACUGGCGGACCUGUUCCUGCGUCACAUGUGGAAAAAGUAUGGUAUGCUGGAAAAAGCAGUCUCAGACCAAGGACAAGUAUUCAAUAACAAGUUCCUCAAAGCCCUGUACCAACGCCUAGGGAUAGACCCCCACUACUCUUCCAUGUACCACCCCCAGAGCAAUGGUCAGACAGAACAUGUCAACCCCUUGGUAGAACACUUCCUAAGGGCAUAUUCAGGCAUCAACCAGAAGGACUGGGUAAAAUGGCUCCCCAUGGCCAAGUUUGCAUGCAACAACACGGUCCAUAGUGCAACUGGGAAAAGUCCCUUCAAAGCACUCCACAGGUGGGAACCAACCCUGACACCAAGUAAUGUCCCCACAGAUGUGCCAGAAGCAGAUGGUCUUGCAGCCCAAAUGGAAGCACAAUGGAAGGAGAUUGAGUUGGCACUCCAGCAAUCCAAGUCACAAAUGAUAGCCGGGGAAGGAGGGAAUCCACUAGAGUUUGAAAUAGGGGAAGAAGCAUGGCUGGAUGCCAAGAACCUAAAGCUUAAGACCCUCAGCCCCAAACUCACAGAACAAAGGAUAGGCCCCUUCAGAAUCAUUGAGAAGAUCUCUGACUGCACCUACCAGCUAGAAUUACCACUGUCCAUGAGGGUUCACAAUGUUUUCUAUGUUGGAUUGCUAUCUAAAGUCAAAAGGGAUGAUAAAAGGGCAUUUGAAAACAGGCCACUGCCAAUUACCAUGGACGGAGAGGAGGAGUAUGAAGUUGAAGGAAUCUGUUGUACACCACUGUAA